AUGAUACCUGCAUUUCUAUCGAAACAAGAAGUGUUGGUGGUAAUCAUGAGUGAGCAAAGGCUUCGGAAAGCGGUGUCUUAUGAUUCAUAUGAAAUUGACAAAUAUGAGACUUCGGAAGACAUUGCUACCAUUGAUGAAGUCAAGCAAGUAGAAUGUGAAUGUUGUGGACUCAAAGAGGAUUGCACGCCAGAUUAUAUCUCGGAAGUUAAGGGCUCUUAUUCUGGUAAUUGGGUCUGUGGCCUUUGUUCUGAAGCUGUCAAAGAAAGAAUGGCACAAGGUCCGAAAGUCGCCAUGCAUGAAGCUGUUUGCUCUCACAAGGAUUUUUGCCAAAAGUUCAACACCACUAGAGUCAAUCCUCAGCUAUCAUUGACGUUUGCAAUGAGGGAUAUAGCAAAAAGAAGUAGUGAGAAUAGAAGCUCCAAGAAUUCGUCCACAACAAGGAUUGCUCGAAGCACUAGCUGCGUUCCAAGGAUUGAUCUCAACCAUUAA